UAGAGAGUUUUUAAGACAUCUCAAAUCAGUUGAUUGUUACAAUUUGAAGAACGUUAAAAGAAACUCUCCACUCUCUCGAACCUCUGUCGUCUUCUUCUUCUCGUUUCUCAGACAUGGAAGAUUCCCAGUUUCUUCCCAGAUUUCUCAUUCAAGUUCCAGGGAUUUUAAGGUUCUUGUAAUCUGUUGCAUUGUUUUAUCAAGAAAACUUUUUCCCAGUUAGACCUUGAAAAUCUUAGCAACACCCAUAUCCUAACAAUGUCUGAUUCAAAUCUCAAAUCGCCACCCUUUGUUCCUUCAUCGUCGUCUAGGAAACUCCCAGAUUUUAAACAAUCUGUGAAGCUUAAAUAUGUAAAGCUUGGUUACCAUUACCUUAUCACCCAUGGAAUGUAUCUGUGUUUAUCGCCUCUUCUUGCCAUUGUCGCUGCACAGCUAUCUACAUUAUCCGGCCAAAAUCUCGUUGAUGUAUGGGAUCAGCUCAAAUUCAAUUUCAUAUCUGUGAUUCUAUGUUCAACUCUCCUUGUGUUUCUGUCGACCGUUUAUUUCCUCACUCGCCCUCGCCCUGUUUACCUUGUUGAUUUUUCAUGUUAUAAGCCUGAUGAUUUGAGAAAAUGUACUAGGCAGAUUUUUAUGGAAAGGUCUCAGUUAACAGGUACUUUUACAGAACAGAGUCUUGAGUUUCAAAGGAAGAUUCUUGAAAGGUCUGGGCUUGGUGAGUCAACUUAUCUCCCUGAGGCUGUUCUCAACGUUCCUCCAAAUCCAUGUCUGGCAGAGGCAAGAAAGGAGGCUGAGAUUGUGAUGUUUGGUGCAGUAGAUCAACUGUUUGAGAAAACGUCUCUGAGACCAAAAGAUAUUGGGAUCUUGAUUGUGAAUUGUAGCUUGUUUAAUCCAACUCCCUCUUUAUCUGCUAUGAUCAUUAAUCAUUAUAGGCUCCGAGGGAAUGUAAUUAGUUAUAAUCUGGGUGGAAUGGGUUGCAGUGCUGGUUUGAUAUCAAUUGAUCUUGCUAAAGAUCUUCUUCAAGUGCAUCCUAAUUCUUAUGCAUUAGUCAUUAGCAUGGAGAACAUCACUUUGAAUUGGUAUUUUGGGAAUGAUAGGUCAAUGCUCCUUUCAAAUUGCUUGUUUAGAAUGGGAGGGGCUGCAAUUCUGCUUUCAAAUAAAAGAUCUGAGGGGUGGCGUUCUAAGUACAGAUUGGUCCACACUGUUAGGACUCACAAGGGUUCUGAUGACAAAUGCUUCUCUUGUGUUACUCAAAGAGAGGAUUCUACUGGGCGCAUUGGAGUUUCUUUGUCCAAGGAUUUGAUGGGAGUAGCUGGGGAUGCUUUAAAGACUAAUAUCACUACGUUGGGCCCUCUUGUUUUGCCAAUGUCUGAACAGCUUCUCUUCUUUGCCACAUUAGUGGGGAAGAAACUUUUCAACAUGAAAAUUAAGCCUUACAUCCCAGAUUUCAAAUUGGCGUUUGAGCAUUUCUGUAUCCAUGCUGGUGGAAGAGCUGUGCUGGAUGAAUUGGAGAAAAACUUGCAGCUUUCUGAUUGGCAUAUGGAACCUUCAAGAAUGACACUAUAUCGAUUUGGUAACACUUCAAGCAGCUCUCUUUGGUAUGAAUUGGCUUAUACAGAAGCCAAAGGAAGGAUGAAAAGAGGGGACAGAAUGUGGCAGAUAGCUUUUGGGUCUGGAUUCAAAUGUAACAGUGCAGUUUGGAAAGCUCUGCGGACCAUAAACCCAGAUAAGGAGAAGAAUCCAUGGAUGGAUGAGAUAGACCAGUUCCCAGUUGAUGUUCCCAAGGUUUCAAGCAUAUAGAGGUGCUGGAAGUGGUUUCUCAUUUCUUUGCAGGGCAGGGGUUUCUGGGGAUUGAAGCAGAACACUUUGAACGCAUGAAUUUUUUUCGCAUCUCCUUUUGCUGCAGAUUUAUUUGGGGAUUGUUAACCGUAUUAGUUUCCUGUUUAAGCUGUGAACUAAGGAAUGAGGUGGUAACUAAGGAUGCGAUUUGGUUUGUAAUUCUUUUUUCUUUACUAAUACAAUGUCGUCUCCUUGGCAGUGUUCA